AUGGCGCCGAAAGACAAGACCAAGGAUGGCUUCAGACAAAAGUACUUGAAUGUCUCGGUGCCUCACUUGGAGAACUCAAAGGAGAGAAGAAAGGCGCUUCAAAAGAUAUACGAGAAAAGACGACGCUUGGCAGUUUGCAAAAUGUUCAUUUUGUGUUGGGACUGUACACUCACAGCAUUCUUCCCUGCCCAUACCGUCCCAGGAAAGGAACAAAAGAAAGCCGAGAAAGAGAAGAAGGGAAAUCCACCUGAGCCAAUGCCUGUUUUGCCUCUUGAAGAUGGCCGUGCUCAACCUGCUCCCAGUCAUCUUGACGAGGAGGACUUGCAGAAAGUGCGACACCAAAUCUUCAAGAUGACUGGAAUUUGCGACACGAAAAUGGUGAUUGACAUGGACGAAAUCAGCUAUCACUUGAUCGAGUCCAUCAAACGAUACAAUUUGGUGGCAUACAAAGAGCUGGAAGCAAUGACCCUGGAAUGCUACGCAAAGGGAAAGAAGAUCAUUGAGGAUGGCAAGCGCAUUGAAAAGCUUCAGCGUGAGAUUUCUCGCUUAAAGGGGGCGGGCCAGUCUCGAUGA